AUGGCAUUCCUCUUCAUGGGAUUGGCUAUUGGUGCUCCCAUGGAUCCUCUCGAAACCAUCACUUCACGUGAUCCUAGCGUUCCCAGCGAGUCAAACAAUACACACAGUCCCGUCACAGGCCAGGCCACCGGCGGUGAUCUAACCUGGUAUAACACCGGGCUUGGAGCAUGCGGCUGGUUAAACAACGAUUGGGACCACGUAUGCGCCGUAUCUCAUGUUGUCUUUGACCGGGCGAAUGUAGACGGCAACCCUAACCACAAUCCACUCUGUGGACGUUUGAUCCACAUCCAACGGGGUGGUAGGGGAGUAGAUGUCACUCUGGUAGAUCGUUGUGAGGGAUGUGGGGAGUUUGAUAUUGACGUCAGCCGUGGUGCUUUCGAGACACUCGGUAACCUCGAUGAGGGUCGAGUUCACACCGAUUGGUGGUGGAUAUAG